CAAUUGGUGAAAUCUUCCCUGAGCCUCGCCCACACGUAGAGCCUUCUCGCCGCCUGCCGGUCCUUGCCUAGCUGCAGGCUCUUCGCAGUGCCCUUUGUGCGAUUCCGGGCGCUGUUAGCGGAUUCCAGAAAGCCUGUAAGACCAUCAUGGCAGAGAAGAAGCCCAAGCUCCACUAUCCGAACGGGAGAGGCCGGAUGGAAACCGUAAGAUGGGUUUUAGCAGCCGCUGGAGUUGAGUUUGAUGAAGAAUUUUUAGAAACAAAAGAACAAUUGCAGAAGUUGCAAGACGGUAACCACCUGCUGUUCCAGCAAGUGCCGAUGGUUGAAAUUGACGGGAUGAAGUUGGUGCAGACCCGCAGCAUUCUCCACUACAUAGCGGACAAGCACAAUCUCUUUGGCAAGGACCUCAAGGAGAGAACCCUGAUUGACAUGUAUGUGGAGGGGACGCUGGAUCUGCUGGAACUGAUUAUUAUGCACCCUUUCCUAAAACCGGAUGAUCAACAAAAGGAAGUGGUUAGCAUGGCCCAGAAGGCCAUCCUUCGAUACUUUCCUGUGUUUGAAAAGGUUCUAAGGGAGCACGGACAGAGGUUCCUCGUUGGUAAUCAGCUGAGCCUUGCAGAUGUGGUUCUCCUCCAGACCAUUCUAGCUCUCGAGGAGAAAAUUCCCAAUAUCCUGUCUUCAUUUCCACACCUGCAGGAGUACACAGUGAAAAUGAGUAAUAUCCCUACAAUUAGAAAAUUUCUUGAACCUGGCAGCAAGAAGAAGCCUCCUCCCGAUGAGAUCUACGUGAGAACUGUCUACAACAUCUUCAUGCCAUAAAACAACACAGACGUCUGAGGAGUUAAUGCCGUCCUCGACUCCCCAGAGAUGACUUCUGGAAGCUCCGUGCUUGGAACGCUCCUGGGUUCUGCCCUGUGCACCUCUUCCCCUGGCUGAUCCCCAUCUGUAUCUUCUCCCUGUAAUAAAGCAGAGCCGUGAGUAUACCAGCUUUCA